AUGGCCCAGAUCAUUUCCGACGUUGUCCACACCGUUUCGGAUUUUUUGCCAAUUAAACGAUUUGCAGCACUUUUUCCAGCUGUUGCGUCAUCUCCAACAGUAGAGUCUCUCAUUUUGCCACCUGCGAUUGACAUGUCUCCAUUUAUUCGUCUCGCUGGACUCUCUGGAGCUGCUGCGAUUUCUCUUGGAGCAUACGGAUCUCAUGUACUCCGUGAUGAUCCAUCAAUUGAAGAGCGUCGAAGAACCGCUUUCGACACUGCUUCCCGCUAUCAUUUGAUUCACUCAGUGGCUCUUCUAGCUUCUCCGUCUGCACGCUUUCCACUACUUACAGCUGGUCUCUUCACUACUGGAAUGCUUCUUUUCUGCGGUCCAUGUUAUCACUAUAGCAUUACAGGCAUUGAAUCGACUAGAAAGUACACACCAAUUGGAGGAGUUACUCUGAUAAUUGCUUGGUUAUCUUUCAUUUUGUAA